AUGUUCUCCGCUCAGAACAAGAUCAAGAAGGACAAGAAUGCCGAGACGACUGAAUGCGAUGAGCAAGUUGCUCAGGCGUUGUUUGAUCUGGAAAACACCAACCAGGAGUUGAAGAGCGAGCUGAAAGAUCUCUACAUCAACCAAGCUGUUCAGAUGGAGAUCUCUGGAAACCGCAAAGCUGUUGUGAUUUACGUUCCAUUCAGAUUGAGGAAAGCUUUCCGUAAGAUCCACCCCCGUCUCGUUAGAGAGCUUGAGAAGAAGUUCAGUGGAAAGGAUGUGAUCUUUGUCGCCACAAGAAGGAUCACUCGUCCUCCCAAGAAGGGUGCUGCUGUCCAGAGGCCACGUAACAGAACACUAACCUCUGUUCAUGAAGCCAUGCUUGAAGAUGUCGCGUACCCUGCUGAGAUUGUUGGAAAGCGUACUCGAUACCGUCUUGAUGGUUCCAAGAUCAUGAAGGUCUAUUUGGAUGCCAAGGAGAAGAACAACACCGAGUACAAGCUCGAGACCAUGAUGGGUGUGUACCGUAAACUUACCGGAAGGGAUGUCACUUUUGAGUACCCUGUCGAAGCCAAGUAA